AAACUCUAACCAAAAGAAAACCGCAAGAGAAGUGAUGAGGAAGAAAAACGGAGUACUGAAUUUGGAAUUAGUUGCAAACCUUAGUUAAUCCGAUUGCUUUCUUCACCUCAGUCCACAAUGACAAAGCUCACUGUUGCCAACACAAUAUGCAGGGGCCUCUCUCCAUUACCCAGUAAAGCGUCCCGAGGGCAACGACCCUCCCAUCCGCCGCCGCUCUCCGAUCUACUUUUCAACUCGGCUCCCCAGUCCGGUUCUUUCAGAUUAGGCGAUUCCACUUUCUAUUCCCUCAUCAACCAUUAUGCCUAUACUGCUGAUUUCGCUUCUUUAGACGACGUUUUAUGUCGGAUGAAGCUCCAAAACCGAGUCUUUAUCGAGAAGUGUUUUCUUGUCAUCUUCAAGGCUUAUGGGAGAGCCCAUUUGCCCGACAAAGCAGUGGAUUUGUUCCAUAGGAUGCCUCAUGAUUUUCGUUGCAUCCCCAGUGUUAAGUCCUUCAAUUCUGUUCUCAACGUCAUUAUAAAAGAGGGUUUUUAUCAUCGAGCUUUGGACUUUUAUAAUCGUUCCGUUAAUGUCAAUAACAUCAAUAUUUCUCCAAAUGUGCUCACUUUUAAUCUGCUUCUCAAGGCCAUGUGUAAGUUGGGAUGGGUCGACCGUGCAGUUGAGGUGUUCAGAGAAAUGCCUGAGAGAAAAUGUCCGCCCGAUGUAUAUACUUACUGUACAUUGAUGGAUGGGUUGUGCAAGGAGGAUAGAAUUGACGAGGCCGUUUCCUUGUUGGACGAAAUGCAAACCGAGGGUUGCUUCCCUUCCCCUGUUACUUUCAAUGUAUUGAUUAAUGGAUUAUGCAAAAAGGGUGACUUGGCUCGCGCAGCAAAGCUAGUGGACAAUAUGUUUCUCAAAGGUUGUUGUCCUAACCAAGUUACUUAUAACACACUCAUCCAUGGUUUGUGUAUAAAGGGGAAGUUGGACAAGGCAGUUAGUCUUUUGGAUCGGAUGGUGUCCAGUAAUUGCAUUCCAAAUGACAUCACAUAUGGAACCAUAGUUAAUGGGCUUGUUAAGCAAGGGAGGACGGAGGAUGCGGUUAAAGUCAUGAUUUCUAUGCAGGAAAGAGGGUACGGAGUGAAUGAGUAUGUUUACUCGGCCCUUAUUAGUGGGAUGUUCAAGGGUGGUAAGUCUGAGGAUGCGAGGAAACUGUGGACUCAAAUGAUGGAAAAGGGGUGUAAACCUAACAUUGUUGUUUAUAGUGCUCUUAUAGACGGUUUGUGCCGCGAAGGAAAGUCAAAUGAAGCUGAGGAAGUUCUAUCUGAAAUGAUAGACAAGGGUUGCACCCCUAAUGUUUAUACAUAUAGCUCCCUGAUGAAGGGUUUCUUCAAGGCAGGCAAUUGCCAUAAGGCGGUUAAGCUGUGGAAAGAAAUGGCAGAACAUGAAUGUAAUCACAACAAGGUUUGUUACAGUGUUCUAAUCCAUGGCCUUUGUGAGGUUGGGAAUCUCAAUGAAGCUAUGAUGGUGUGGAGAGAUAUGUUGGACAACGGUUGUAAACCUGAUGCAGUGGCUUACAGUUCAAUGAUUCAGGGCCUAUGCAAUGCUGCCUCGAUAGAUGAGGCUUUGAAACUUUUUCAUGAGAUGCUUUGUCAGGAGACUGAAUCUCAACCUGAUGUGAUCACCUAUAAUAUACUUUUUAAUGCUUUAUGCAACCGAAUCAACAUUUCCCGUGCCAUUGAUCUCUUAAAUAGCAUGCUGGAUAGGGCCUGUGAUCCUGACAUAGCCACAUGCAAUAUAUUUUUGAGAACACUGAGAGAGAAGCUAGACCCUCCUCAAGAUGGAAGGGAGUUUUUAGAUGAGCUUGCCAUCCGGUUAUUAAACAGGCAAAGAGUUUUGGGUGCUUCCAGAAUUGUACAAGUGAUGAUUCAGAAAUUUCUGCCACCGAAAGCAUCUACUUGGGAAAGAGUUGUCCAAGAGCUCUGCAAACCUAAAAAAGUUCAAGCUGCCAUUGACAGAUGUUGGAGAAACCUAGACUUUUAAUUCUUUUGAAUGGGACCUCGUAGAUCUUUUAGUGGUUACUUCUGAAAGAUUUGUUCAUCACUGUAGUAUUUCUCUUCCCAUAUAGCUACAAAUAUCAUUGAGGAUGGACCUGCAGAAUAUUGUUGGAGAGACAAGUCAAGCUGUUUGCUGCAAUAUGUGCCUUCUUCACAUGCUUUGGAACUCCUUUUAAUUUCUGUGACUAUACUAAAAAAUCGCAUAAAGUAUGGUUGACAAUCAGGAGGUUUAUUUCUUGUUUGGCUUCCUUUACAUGGUAUCUUCUCACAAGAAGUGCUACAGCCAUCAUCUAUAUGAAAAGAAUGCUCACAGAUAUCAGGCUUGUUAAGGUUUCCAAGCUCGAAAAGAGAGCAAGAAGACCACUUGAAAUAGCUAUCAAUCGAAAAAGCAUGGUAUUUAUUGGUGUUCCAGUCUUUGGAUCACUCAUGCCCAUGCAAUACAAGUACUGUAUCAUAUCUGCCCUAGCGCUCCUACAAGGACUGUGGUCAUCCCCUUUAAGGGCUCCAAGAGCUCCUACCGGGACAGUUGUGAUCCCCUUUAAGGGCACCAAGUGCUCCUAGGCACUUAGCCCAUUUCAUUUCUGCAGCAACAAACAGGCAGCAAAUGGAUCUAUCUGUGUAUUUCUGCAUCAUACAUCUGAAAAGUGUCAGCAAGCAAUAUAUAAUUGUGAUGAUUGACAUCUAUCAAAGUAAUCUUAAUGUUUUGUAUCUUGACAAGUUUUUUGAUUCUUCAGCCAUGGUGGCAAUGUUGUCAAAUCCAUCGUGGGCAAAGUAAAGAAUAGCAACUGCAUGGAAGAUCCUUUUGGCAAGAAAGGAGUCAAAUUUGAUGUUUUGGCAUGAGCAAACCCCGGA